UCCAUCCAUGCUCCAAAAAGAGUGAGCCUUGCGAGACUUGCUGGCUGGGGAAGAAGCUUGGUAUUCCACAACGAUAAACGAUUCGACUACGCCUCGGCCGAGAAACUCGCACGACCGCACCUUCGUUACCACGGGGGAAACGCAUCUUGCCCAUUCCUCUAGACAUCUGGAAAAAAGACCUUGAUCGGAGAAGCCGACGGUGAAGUGAACCUCUGCUACCCCACCAUCGAGUUGUAUCUCUGUGCCAUUGAUUAAAAGGCCAGCCAAUCUCCACGACCCAUUAAUCUCCCCUCUACACACCCAUCCGCUCGCUCGACAAAGUUCCCAUCCUUCAGACACAAUGGCGCAAUCUCCCCUCAUCGUCAUUCUUGCGGGUGCUGCCGUUUCCUACUUUCUGUAUACCCGCAUCGCACUCUACCUUGCACGCCGCCGCUUCAAGAAGGACCACGGCUGCCAGCCAUGCAAGGCCCAAUUUCACAAGGACCCCAUUCUGGGGCUCGAUGUCAUGAAGGCCAUGGCCAAAUAUAGCAAAAACUACAUCACCUUGCAAGAAACCAAGAAGCGUUACGAGAGACUCGGCAACACCUACCACAGCCGAAUCGUCAACCAGCCUUACAUCAUGACCUGCGAGCCCGAAAACAUCAAGACCGUCUUGAGUUUGAGAUUCAAGGACUACAGCUUUGCCCACCGACAGCCUGCUUUUGGCCCUCUUUUGGGCCAUGGUAUUUUCAACGCAGAUGGUGACCGCUGGGCCAACAGCCGUCAUCUCCUACGCCCCAACUUUGCACGCGACCAGGUUGCUGACAUUGAUGCUUUCGAACGCCACUUCAACCUCAUGCUCAAGCAUAUUCCCAAGGAUGGCUCGACGGUCGACUUGCAAGAUCUCUUCUUCCACCUGACGCUUGACACCGCAACAGAAUUCUUGUUCAACCACUCGACCGACUCACUUCGCAUGCUUGGUCAGGAAGACGUCGACAAUGAAGACGCCAUCUUUGGCAAGGCAUUCAACUUUGCACAAGAAGAUGUUACCGUCCGCGCUCGCUACGGCCCUCUUGAUCGCUUCAGGAGAAAUGCCGAAGGCAAGAGGGCCAUUGAAAUCUGCCACACAUAUAUUGAGAAAUUUGUCGACGAUGCUCUGCAGUUCCGACAGAACUUGGAUGCUGAAAAGGCUGCUGGCACCAACAAGUAUUACUUCAUCCAGGAGGUGGCAAAACAGACGACGGACAAGAAGAGGAUACGCGAAGAGCUCAUCAACAUCCUGCUUGCUGGCCGCGACACGACUGCGAGUUUGCUGAGCAAUAUGUUCUUCGCUAUUUCCAAGAACCCGGAAAUCUUCGCAAAGCUUAGGGAGGAGAUUGCAACACUUGAAGGGCGCACACCGACAUACGCAGAACUGAAGAACCUGAAAUACGUCAAGUGGUGUCUGAAUGAAUCACUUCGCGUUCACCCCGUUGUACCUGGAAACUCACGCUACGCCACCCGCGACACUGUGCUACCCCUUGGUGGUGGCCCUGACGGCCGGUCACCGCUCUUCGUUCCCAAGGGCACAACAGUCGGAUACUCCCCAUACACAAUGCACCGCCGUCAGGAUAUCUAUGGACCAGAUGCGGACGAGUUCAAGCCGGAACGCUGGGAGACACUGCGUCCUGGAUGGGAGUACCUCCCGUUCAAUGGUGGCCCACGUAUCUGUAUCGGCCAGCAGUAUGCGCUUAUUGAAGCAAGCUACGUCACCGUCCGCCUUGUACAAGAAUUCAAGGCUAUUGAGAGCAGAGACCCUGGGCCAUGGCAAGAAGGUCUAACACUGACCCUUUGCUCGUUGAAUGGCGUCAAGGUCGGCCUCACACCAGCAUAGAAGAAGCCCGGGGCUGGCCAUGGCUGUUGUGAGACAUUAAAAAAACUGUGAGGCAUUCUUUUCUUCUUUCUUCUUCCAGAACUCGUUUUCGACUGAAAAUAGUUUGUAUCAAUAUUCUCUAGGACGGAAUGUGUCCAGGUUGUUUGUGAGAUGUGUAGAUAAUCAUAUUUCCUAUUCGAGGUUUGGAAUAGACCAUACCUGAUACUCCUCCAGAGAGAGAUGUGGAGCGGGGCACAGGUAUGAUUGGGAAGCAAUGGCCACUGUAGAUUUUAAAUGAAAUGGACACAUGACUUGUACAUUGGCA